AUGAACGGAAAAGGUGCACCUAUGCCACAAGUUGUAUACAUUGGCAUCAACGGAGAAGCAGCUCACUGUCCCAACUGCAAAUCAUCUACUAUGAUCAAGACCAGAAGAUGCAGUAACUGGACAUGGGCUGUCUGCUGCUGCCUUGGAGGUCCCGCUAGCAUGACUAAAGAUUGGGCAUGGCAAAAGGAGAUGAAGUGCCUCGGAUGUUAACACAUUGUAAAGGUUUGA